UCCAGUCAUGCAUGUGUUUGAGAGAGAACAGAAAGGAGACGGGAGAAGAGGGGAGGGUUGCUUAUUGAAGCACUCCGGUUGCGGGAAAGAGGGAGCAGUAGCUGGAGAGGGCAUCGACCUGCAGAAACCGAGCCGCCCCCUGUUGCAGCUGAACGGGGCCCUGACUGACAAAAUCAUGACCGGACUCAUCGACCUGAGGGAGGACACUAUUGUCCGUUAAAGAGAGGAAGGAGCAAAGGACCAAAUAAAGGUGGUGUGUCUUUUGUAUAGAUAUGAACAAGAUUGUGGGCAGACUUGGACCGUCCUCCAGUGAAAUGUAACGUCAUGUGCUGAGCUGCACGCUGAUAAAGACACACGAAUCCAUUGAAAAUUAGCUCAAAGGAAUCAGCCUACACAGGACAGCACAGUCUCACCAGCUGUUUGAUGAAUGCAGUUAAAAAGUAAUUGACGUGGCAGUCGUUUGAAGUAAGGAUUUAUUUCAUCAGUGGGUGUCCAUCUUAACAGUGCUGCAGGACAACUUUCACCUUUUCGUUUAGCGUCAAUACUCCUACUUUGAGUGGACUGAGGGACAGGGCUUUGCACCAGUUUGGAUUAAACCAUGUGUCAUGUGAUUGUUACCUGUCGCUCAAUGCUGUGGACCCUGCUGAGUAUUGUGGUAGCCUUUGCUGAGCUCAUUGCCUUCAUGAGCUCAGACUGGCUGGUGGGGAGGCCGAAAGUUGACAACACCCCUGUCCUCGCGAACCGCUCCAACACGUGGAAAGAUCCUUACCACCCAAAGCUGGGUAUAUACAGCCGCUGCAUUAAACGGCCAACUUUAAAACGAGGGAACCCGUGUGGUCCAUACGCUGAAAGUUUCAAUGAAAUUGCCAGUGGAUUUUGGCAAGCGACGGCUAUUUUCCUGGCGACAGGAAUUCUCAUUCUGUGUGCCGUGGCAUUCAUCUCAGUCUUUACCAUGUGUGUGCAGAGUAUUCUGAAGAAAAGCAUUUUUAACAUUUGUGGAUUACUACAGGGAAUUGCAGGUCUCUUCCUAAUUCUUGGUCUGAUCCUUUAUCCUGCUGGAUGGGGUGCUCAGAAGGUGAUGGACUAUUGUGGACCAGAUGUUUCACCUUAUCAGUUAGGUGCUUGUUCUCUGGGCUGGGCCUUUUACACAGCAGUGGGUGGCACUGUCCUUACAUUCCUCUGUGCAGUGCUGUCUGCACAAGCAGAAAUCGCAACAUCCAGCGAUAAAGUGCAGGAAGAGAUCGAAGAAGGGAAAAAUCUGAUUUGUUUGCUGUGAGAUAACAUCUCGUGACUCUUGUUUAUACAUCAUGGCGGUCUUAAUCUCUUCUUGUUUUUGAAAACGGCACCAGGAGUUUUGACGUUUUACUACCUUCCCACUGAGCUUGAAACUCCGAUAUAUGCAUUUAUGUGGCAACCGUCUGAGUCUGAAUUCUGCCCUAAGAUUGACUGAACUAGAUGCGCCACACACCAAUCUAUAGCUGUGAUGAGAAGAAAAUUCUGAAUGUUGUCCCUUCAUCCUGGACUGUGUGUCUUCCACUAAAAGCUGUCUCGCCCAAUGCUGCACAAUCCAGGAUAUUUAAAGAAUUGUCAAGGGACAAAGCCGCCUUGCAUUACAGAGGAUGCAGGAGAUAGUUUAAGUAAAAAUGUUUUUUUUGAAUUUGUAAGGGAACGUAUUUUCCACUGUAAAGUCUGAUUUGCUAUGAGAUUUCGUAUACCUUCCUAACCUUACAGGCCAAAAUCAUUUUGAAAUUGCUGCAACAUAGGUAUCAUUUCCAAUUUUGCUGACACAUUUCACUCAAACAAGGUCCUAGCAGAGAAGGACAGUGUAGCUCAUUGUUUUAUUGAACAGGCGGUUUAGCUUCAUAAGAAAGAAAUGAUCCAAAUUAAUUAUGGAUAAAUUGUGGCCAUAUGUAUGGUGUUUGGUGCUGGAGGGUGAUUUCACCAGAAGUGAUUUGACGUCUACCUCCAUUGGAGAUGGCACACUGAUUUAGGGGGAGGGCUUGGGGGAUGGCAGGUGAGCUUUCCUCAAACAUUGUAGUGUGGGCCUUUCAACAAAAGGCUGGGAGCUCUUUUUAUUUAUUUUGGCAGUACCACCCAGGAGACAAUGGCCAUUGAAGGGAACAGAUACACCUAUGAUUGCAGUGCAUCUCAAGGUCAGAACUCCCUGAUAAGAGGGUUGUAUGAGGUGGGGUUGCAGGUUAUGGUGUCUCCAGGGGCAAUGGCUAGAUUUUGGCUCUCAACCACCACCACCAUUACUACUCACCACCAACACCACCUUCCCCCACCCCCAAAACAAACUUCCAUUGUCUGGUUCUUCAACUGCGAAUUCAUUGAGUGCCUUUGAAUGAUAGACACAGCCACCGCCCUCCAAGUAACCACUUAUCUUGUUCCCCGCUUUGACACACAGCACCGCCCCUCCUCUCCCACCCACCAAAAGCCACAGACAUAGCUGGGUGUUAAUUGCCCACUCAAGGCCUGCACAAUUGUCAAUAGGACAGGAGGCCUUCCAUUGCAUUUCCCAUCCCAGUCUUAAUCAGAAUAGAGGCAGCGUGAUGCCUGAGAAAAUGCCCCUUUGCCUCAACACACGUCAGGGAGAGAAUAAAAUAUUGCCCAUUAUAUAUGCUAAGUGUGCUAGACGGCUUCAAAAGUCUUUCUAAGGCAUGAAACAAUUAGGUUAUAAAAAGUAGAAGGUAAAGUACUAUUAGGUAAAGGUAGUUACCAAAUUCUUUAUUUGUGAAAGGAAUUUCUUCUAGAACUGUGAUUAUGACGAGAAUGUUAUAUUGAAACAACAACAUCCAAAUUAUAAUGCCUGGUAGGUGACAGCUGCCUCCAUUCAUAACAGCUCCCUGUUACUUUGCUGUGGUUGUCGUAACAGCCGCAAGUACAACUGUGCAACUGAUUCAUCUCAGCACACAGCCACAGUCAGCUGUCAGAUGUCAACAUGAUGCUAAAAUUCAGUGAACUGUGAAUCUAUUCCGUUUGAACAAAGUCUCACUAUUUAUACAAAAAGAGACCAGCAGUCAAUACCUAUAACCUGUGCCAAUCAUUCAACAAUGCAUAACCAUUCUAAUCAUAUUUCCACUUCUGAUUCAGAUGUUUGCCAAAGAAAAUGCCUCCUGCACUAUGUGUAACUGAGAACUGUUGUGCAGUUAAUAUUAUAGGGUAUUGUCAUUUUAAGUAAGAUGUAUCAUCUUACCAGCAAUUUUCAAUGCAAAUGACCACCAGGAAUGCAGAGUGUGAUUUCCUAGCAAGUCCAAUCUCCUGGAACAUUUUAAACUUAAUCUAGUGCCAGUUAGAUUUAAGGAGUCAACUGAAUUUAAAGAAUCACCUACAAAUCUCUGCAUGUGAAGUAAUACCACACCUACUUGGCAGAGCUAGGUAUAAUGCCUUCUAAACCCAAGGACUGUACCACCUUGAAAGUCAGUUGCCACACACACAUGGGAACACCACUUACUAGUUCCCCUUGAAGCAACACACCAUCCUCACUUGGAAUUCUCUUGCUGUACCUGCAUUAUUACCAGGUCAAAAGUAUGGGACUUCUUUUACAACAGUAUUCUGGGACUAACUGCAUCAGAUGGACUGCAGUGGUUCAAAAAGGCCGUGCAAGAACAUUUUAUCAAGAGCGAUUAGAGAUGGGCAAUAAAUGCUAGACAUGCCAGUGACACAUCUCAUGAAAGCAUUGACAAACGAUUCCUCGCAAAUGCCAAAAUAAUUUAUUUUGUGAAGCAGACAAGUGGCACACCUACUUGUCCAUUCAAGGAUAGCAAGCAAUGAAAACUGGAAUUAAGGAACUGAAAUAAAAGUUGUGCCAUUCCAAAGCUGGUCAGCCUUGUUAUCCGUAACAUACAAGCACCGAUGGCAAAAAUGCAUUAGCAAUCUGAUGGCGGUGCCAACACUGAACUGAACUUCUAUAAAAGUAAAUGGGGUGGGCAGACUUCUCAUAAGAUGCUUAGCUUGGUUGUGAAUAUGACCACAUGGUCUGUGGAAGCUUAUCAAACAUUGUCUGUACUGUUAAACCUGUGUAUCAUUACUAGCUCUUUGUGAUUAUAUAAUGACCACAUUUAAAUAAGGGCCAUAAUUUUGGCUGAUGCUCAUUGUUCAGUAACCCAUUGUGUUUAAUGUUACGUGCCAUAGUCUUUUGUAAAAUGUUAACCAUUAUUUAAAAUUAAUACACCAUGUGAGAGUUAUGUGCAAUAAUUGAUAAAGAAAUUGAAAUUGUUUAUCGUGUAUGUGUGCAUGGGAGGAAAAGUAGUGGUUUUGAUUAGGGCUGAUGUGAUGGGUCUUGCCCAUUUAAAUUUACUGGUGCCAGUACGUAAUGCUGGAGUAUUUUUUUGACUAGCAUUAUGUUCACUUAUUCUAAACAAAUGCAGUGUUACUAAACAAGUGAUCUUGGUGCAUACUGGGUCACGUCAAAUGAAACAAUCAAAUAGCAAGAGUUCCAAGUUCCAGCCAAAUCCAGCCCCUUCAACCAGGUCACUAAAAGUCAUUGUUAGCGUAAAUGGCUAGAGUGUUACUGGAUGGAAGGAUAUGUAUCUGAGUUGACACUGACACUGCUAAGUUCCUAACCUCAGUUGUACUUUGUAGAAGUUGUCAAGGUGAGACUUAAGACCUUCCCUGUGCAAGGUGGGAAGAAUGACUCCAGUCUUUUUACAGUGGUGCACUGGAGGACUUCUAGAGACCAAGAAGCAGCAUCAGUAAUGGUCAGGAACCGUUCAGCCUCUGUAUCUUUUAUUAUCAACAACGUACCCUCAGAAAAUUGUAAAAAUUUAAAAAAAAAUAAAUUGGAGCAUUAUAAUUUCAUUUUGUACGAAAUUCAAUACAAGUUUAUAAAAUGAACUGGAUGAAGGAUAUGACAUUCAACCACUAGCCAAGACCAGUUUUUUUUUUCCUCUUCUUAAAUGACUGAUUUCUGCUAUAUCCUUGUUAACCUCAGUAGCAGAAAUCAGGCUCUGCUGCCCUGUUGAAAAGCUGAGGUAUGAAUUGAGAAAACUAGUGCAAUGAAUUUAUAGGCAAAGGUUCUAUUCAGCCCUUUUUCAAAAUUAUCCGCACAUGAUUUACACUGUAAUCUUGGGUUCUUAACAUCAUGAGGAAAUGCUGUGAUUGUUAAAUGGCAAGUUGAAAAGAACAUUUAGUAAGGCUUCAGUCACUAGAGAUUAGCUUUGUCCCAAUGUAGGUUUCCUUGUGUUUCAAACAGAGAUUUAUUUUUACACUCAGCCCCUUUAAAGCUAAGUUUCAUCAUACAGCAUAUGAAGAUUUUUGGAAUAUGAUUUAAGUUAAUUGUGAAACCAAUAACCACUAUUGCUAAACUGCUGAGGUGAUUGCAAAUCUUAACUGUAACCAAAGCUGUCAUUUCUGGAAAUCAGGUCUCGCUGUUCAGCUGCACAACCCAGGGGAUAAGCCCAGCUAACCAUUUAACUAUUACGCAUCUAGUGAGAAAAUUCAACAAUGCUGUAAGUAUGUCCUUGAUGUUUCCAAAAUGCUGAAGAUUGGAAUGCAAAAUCAUUUAUUAAAGCUGUUUGUGUUUCAUACA